CUAUUUUUUCCUUUUUACUUGUAAUCAAGUCUCUUAUAAGUCAUGCAAAAAGAGGCUCCUAAAAAGGCUUUCAACUUAAGUCAUGAACGUUUUGUACUUGAAGUGGAUCCGAGUCAACGUUUUAUCAAGGGUCUAGCAGAACUUACGAUUCAACCUUUAAAUAAACUGACCAACUUACGAGUGAACUGUCGACAAUGCAAAAUAACCCAAGUCCUGUUAAAUGAUACACCUGUAGAAUAUGACUAUGUAGAUGCUGUAUCUGAUCUUACUUUGGGAUCCAACACCACCAUUGCACAUCAUCAAGUCUAUAAAAGUCGAUAUUUAAAUGCUUUACGAGAUGCCAAUGAAGGUGAAUUAAAUAUCAAAUUACCAGCAAACUGUAUUCAACAGUUACCUGAUAAACCAGCAGCAGAAUCAACAGAACCCAAUUAUGAGCCUAUUGUGAUUCAAAUUCAAUAUACCCUUGAAGAUCCACGCAAUGGUGUUGUGUUUGUUCAAAAAGACAAUGAGACUGCACCUUAUCGACACAAUCAUGUCUAUACAGUCCAUCAACCGUUACCAGGGGCAACUCGUUCAUGGUUACCAUGCAUUGACAAAAUAUCAGAAAGAUGUACGUGGGAUAUGGAAUUCAUUGUGCCUCGAAAGGAAGAUCAUUCAGUGCCUGAAUACGAUGGAGAAGGUGCAUUUGAUGAAGUAGAAGGCAUGAUGGUUGUAUGCAGUGGUGAUGUCGUUGAACAAGUCAUUCAUCCAACAGACGCAUCCAAGAAGAUUGUACACUAUAGUCUAUCCGUACCUACACCAGCUCCCUUUAUUGGGUUUGCUAUUGGCCCAUUUGAGAUGAUUAAACUAUCACCCUCUCAACUACAGGAAGAAGUCAUGACAGCAGCUGAUUUAGACGAAAGUCAACAACAGAGUCUGAUGGCUGAAAUCAAUAUGAUGUCAAAUAUUUAUGCAUUUGCACUACCAGGACUUGAAGAAGAACUGAGUGUGACUUGUAGUUUCUUGAUGCAUGCGAUGCAUUUUUAUACUCAAGAAUAUGGUUCCUAUCCAUUCUCAGACUAUAAGCUUGUGUUUGUAGAAGAUGCUUGGUCAGAUACUACUUCAUGUGCUUCUUUGGCUAUCUGUAGUUCUCGCUUGUUACAUCCAUCUGAUGUGAUUGAUCAGAUCUAUAGUACAAGACGUGAAUUAAGUCAGGCACUUGCCAGACAAUGGUUUGGUAUCUACAUUGUUCAGAAAUCAUGGCCUGAUACUUGGCUUGUGCGUGGUUUAGCCAAUCUCAUGGGUUCCUUGUUUGUCAAGCGACAUUUGGGUAACAAUGAAUACCGUCUAAGACUAAAGAAAGACAUGGAACUGUGCUGUAUGUUGGACAUCAAUCGCCCUCCUCUCUAUAACCCAGCAUUGCCUUAUCCUUUGGACCCUGAGGACCUGGAUUUCAUUGAACUCAAAGCUCCCUUGGUGAUUUACAUGCUGGACAAAAGAAUGUGUAAAGGUGGUGGCACACUAGGCUUGUCUCGUGUGCUACCCAAAGUGCUUGUGUCUGCCAUGAGUGGUGAAUUGGCACAGAAUGCGAUUAGUACACAUUACUUUUUACGUCUUUGUAGAAAAGUCAGUGGGUUUGAUACCAAAGUGUUUGCUGAACAAUGGAUCUAUCGCAGUGGUUGUCCCAAGUUCUUUUUCAGUUUUCAUUUUAACCGUAAAAAGAUGGUAGUCGAAAUCUUUAUGCGACAAGAAAAUACUAAUACACAACUACUGGCCAGUCAAGAUCACUUGUCUAUCGGGGACAAUGUUACUGCCAACUAUUAUGAACUCAUGUCGCCCAUCUUUACUGGCAAUCUCACGGUCCGCAUUCAUGAAGCCGAUGGUACGCCUUAUGAACACAUCCUUGAUAUUCAAUCGAUGGAAAACAAGUUUGAGGUUCAGUUCAAUACAAAGUAUAAGCGUAUUCGUCGAAACACCAAGCGUUUCUUGGCCAAACAAGCUGCUGCUGCUGCUGCUGUAGCAGAAGAAGAACAAGAAAACGAAGAAGGGGAUGGGACAACAGUGCUUGGUAUUAUUCCCAGUUUAGGUCUUGGUAUGCCUGUGUUUGAAGAUCCCAAACAAAAAGGAGAAUGGCAUGUGGUCGAAUGGGGUCAAGAUGAAGAAGAUACAAGUGGUGCUGCUAGUGCCAUGUUUGAUUGGAUUCGAUUGGAUGCCGAAUUUGAAUGGCUCUGCAUUUGUGAUUUCAAACAACCUGAUUAUAUGUGGGCUGCUCAAUUGACCAAAGAUCGGGAUGUCGUUGCUCAGCAUGAAGCUAUUGACGCUCUUAAACAUAUGCCUUCCAGUCCAACAUCGACCAGUUUGUUGCGUGCUGUAUUGGAUCCAAAGUGCUUCUACAAGAUUCGCAUGGAAGCGGCGUAUGGUCUAGCAGCCUGUGCUCGUCCUUCCCUGAACUGGGUAGGCUUACAUCAACUCAACAAGAUGUUUCAAAAGCGCUUUUGUUUCCCUGUCAGUAGUCUUACGCAACGCGCUAUGGAUCAGGAUGAUUUACCUUUAACCAAUUCGAUUCCAAAGCCUAACAAUUUCUCCAACCUGUCCGACUAUUUCCUUCAAAAGGCGUCUGUGGUUGCCUUUUCACAGAUACGGGAUGAUCACGGUUUAACGCCUGUCCGUAUCCGUCAAUUCUUAUUAGACUUACUCAAGUACAAUGAUAACAUUGGCAAUGAGUUCUCUGACUGCUACUAUGUGGCUACCUUAAUUUCUUCUUUAGGUGAUGCGUUAAUACCCUCGUCAGAUAAACCUGAUGCAUUACAUUACGAUAGUCCUGAAGGCCAACAAGUCACUGCGGCAGCCAAGGCAGAGAUUGAACGUUUCCGUACACUGGACUAUGUGAUCCCCACCUACCACAAUACAGUCACCGUCACUUGCUUACGCACGAUGACCAAACUGAUGCUGAAGGGACUCAUGCCUGUGAAUCUAUCGAUGUUUAUGCAGUAUACACGCUAUGGUAAUUAUCUCGAUGUUCGAUUGGCUGCUUUAGACAGCUUGCUUAUUCUCUGCGGUCUUUCGGAUGCUGUGUUGAAUCGGUAUUUGUUGAACAUCAUCAAGGAAGAUCCUUGUGUCUAUGUGUGUCAUUAUGUGGCUCGUGCCAUGCUGGCAUGGUUGGGUUUGGCUAUUCGAGAGAAUUCAAGUGUGGUCACAGUGCCUACACGGGCCAUGGAAGACUUUUCUGAAGAAGAUGGGCGUAUUGUUGUGGAUGAUGAUAUUGGACCUCUCAAGAAGACACCUCAGCAAGAAUUUCAAGCAAGCAUUGAGAAUUUACGAAAACGGUUUGAGAACAAUACAGCAUUUCAACAGAACUUGUGGGAGUUGUUGAAUUCGGCUGAAAAUGCUAAAUUGGAUCACUGUAUUCGUAAAUAUUUACUUCAGCUUUGUGAAUACAUGUUUAAGCCAAUUGAUGUUGGUCUCAAGGUAACCAUUCGUGUGCCUACUUUACCUUCUACACAAGAAACAAAAGAGGAAUCCUCGACACCUACAACAAUUCGCCUUAAUAAACCCAAACCAAAGGCUGAAGAGAAACCACACAAAAGUCAUAAAAAGACAAACAGCGUUCAAAUCAAAGCAACUCAAGAUGUACCCGAGAGUUCAUCUUCUGAUUCUGAAAGUCAAUUGAUUGAUAUUGAUAUUGAUGAGCCUGUGGUAGAACAACCUCUUCCACCUCCUCCUCCUUCUCCUCCUAUUACUGUGAAACAACCCACUCUUCCUGCGAAGCAACAUUCGCCUGAACCAGUGCCACCACCUCCCGUGUUGACUCUUUCUAAACCCAAGCAUAAAAAGACAGAAAGUGGAGAGAUAUCUAAAAAGGACCGUCGUAUUAUCAGCAAGAUCAAAGUGCGUCAUGAUAAAUCACCUAAAUCCACUUCUGUUUCUUCUACUAAAAUACCCAAGACUGUAAAUAAUUCAACUGAAGACGCUCGCUUGAACGAGUCUCCUACCAAGCCAAGUACAUCCAUCAAGCUAAACAUGCCAAACAAAGUAUCCAAACCUACUAUACAUAUUCCUCCAUCGACGCCUGUAGAGAAACCCAAGCCUAAUAAGAUUACUAUCACUGCACCCUCUUCUUCACCUGCUCCUGCACCAUCCACUACUGUGACUCGUGUUAUAGAAAAGCCUAAGCCAAAGCCUGUUGUUGCAUCGCCCAGUACUGUGGAAACGCCUAAAACUGUAUCACCUACUGCAGCGAUCAAUCCUAGCAUGAAUGAAGCCAACAAAAAGAAAUGUGAGCGUGUGCUUAAAAAGCUAUGUGCUCAUCAAGCUUCUCAACCCUUUAUUGAUCCUGUGGAUGCUGUUGGACUCAAUAUUCCUCAAUACUAUGAGAUCAUCAAACGGCCCAUGCAUUUGAGUGCCAUUCGAAAGAACUUUCAAGAAGACAAAUAUGCCACUAUUUGGGAAUUGGAACGUGACAUUCGACAAAUUUUUUGGAACUGCUAUAGCUUUAAUGCGCAUGAAUCAUGGGUAGCUAAACAAUGCCAAGCAUUAGAAGCCUUUCUUAAUCAAGUCUGGGCUGCUGAAUUUGCUCAUCCCAAUGCACUCAAGGGAGAAGAUAAGCGUAUUGCACAAAAAGUAGUGAACAAACUGACAUUACAUGAUGCUGCUGCUUUGUUCAAUGAGCCUGUUGAUUUAGAGGCUUUGCAAGACUAUGCCACAAUUGUGAAACAUCCCAUGGAUUUGCGAACCAUUUGGGAACAAUUGGAAAGUGAUAAAUACACUUCGCUCAAGGCAUUAGAUGCUGAUAUUCGACUUGUGUUCAAGAACUGCUUUACUUACAAUGCACCAGGUACUUAUGGUAAUGAUCAAGGCAAAAAGCUGGAAAAGUAUUAUCAAAACAUUAGCCGUGAGAUGCGUGCUCGUAUUGCAAGUGCUGAGGCGCCUCCUCCACCACCACCACCUCCUCCUGCUGCUGCUGCUGCUGCUACUGCUGCUGCUGCUACUCCAGUGUCAACUACCAGUUCUACUCCUGCUGCUGCUCCUGCACCAAAACGUGCUCAUUCAUCUACAGCAAAGAAGAUAGAAGAACAACCACCUAAAAAGGUCAAGUCAACACAUACUAAAGUCGAGACUACCAAAGAUUCUAUGGAAGUUGAUCCUGUGGUUGUCAAAUCACCUGUAGUUACUAAGUCACCUUCAUCGAGCAUGGCUGAACCACCAGCUAAACUCCAUCCUGUCUUACAAUCCAAGAUGAAGGCCUUACUUUCAAAGGUCAUGAAAAAACCAGAAGCUCUUGGUUUCUUAGAACCUGUUGAUCCUGUUGCCUUAUGUGUUCCUCAUUAUCCUAUGAUCAUCAAGAAACCUAUGGAUCUUGGUACCAUGAUGAAGAAACUUAACAGCGGACAAUACAAAACUGUCAAAGAAUUUGAAAGCGACAUGCGAUUGAUCUUUACUAACUGUUAUACGUUUAAUGGAUUUGAUCACUUGCUAUCACAGCAUGCUAAAACUUUAGAAAACAUUUUAAACAAAGAAGGCCCUGCCCUGAGACGUAAAGAAGAAGAAUUAAAGAACGAAGCCAUCACAAAUACAACAGUUGUCCAUACAUCAAACGGCCAUACGAAACCAUCUCCAGCUGUGGCUACCACACCCUCUACACCACCCGUGGCUACUAGUCCAUCCAGUGCCACUUCGCCCAACUUGGUAGAGCUUCGUAAAUAUAAGUCCGUUCUCGAUCGUUUACGCCAUCAUCCUCACUAUUUUGCAUUUGGUGCACCUGUUGAUGUCGAAUUACUGCAGAUUCCUACGUAUCAUGAUAUCAUCAAAAAACCUAUGGAUUUCGGUACCAUUCGUCGUAAACUCGACAAGGGCAAAUACACACAUCCUGAUCAACUAUUGAAGGAUGCCAAACAAGUGUUUAUCAAUUGUUACAUGUUUAAUAUGCCAGACGAUGUUGUGACACAGAUGGGUAAAGAUCUACAGGCUGAAUUCAAUCGUCUUAGUUCUUCUCGAGGAUUACGCACCAUUCAGAUUGAUUUACCGACAGAAGUAGGAGGUCUUUAUGCAACGAACAUGGAGACAGAUUCUACUCUGUAAACAGUAGAGGGAUAGUCAACU